AUGACCAGAGCACGUGUCGUGGACGGCAAGAGGAUCGCUGAGGCGCUGCGGGCCGCGCUCACGAGCGACGUGGCGGCUCUCACUGCUCAACACAAACGGGCGCCAGCACUUGGACUCAUUAUGGUCGGCGACCGCAAAGACUCGGCUUUGUAUGUUCGCCACAAACAAACGGCCUGUCGUCGCGCAGGUAUUCGCUCGGAGAACUUUCUCUUUGACGAGUGUGUGGCUCAGGACACUGUUGUUCAAAAGGUGGAGGAGCUGAAUCAAGACCCGACGAUUGACGGCAUUCUCGUGCAGUUGCCGUUGCCCGGGACGAAGCUGAACGCGCAGCAGAUUAUCGAUCGCAUCCAGUUUGACAAGGACGUGGACGGUCUGCAUCCUUUCAACACUGGUGAGCUGGCCAUGCGCGGACGGUAUUCCUACUUGAUCCCGUGCACCGCAAAAGGGAUAUUAGCGCUACUGGACGAUCAAGACAUUGCAUUGCGCGGCAAGACAGCAGUGAUCAUUGGGCGCAGCAAUUUGGUGGGCAAUCCCGUCAGCAUGUUGCUGCAGAAGCGUAAUGCCACGACGAUUCUGUGUCACUCGGAGACGGUCGAUCUGCCGCGGUACGUGCGUCAAGCUGACGUGGUUGUCGCAGCGUGUGGCCAGCCUUACCUCGUACGAGGUGAAUGGCUGAAGCCUGGUGCGACGGUCAUCGAUGUCGGUAUCAACUUUGUUCGUGACGUGCACGGCACGUACCAUGGAGAGGCAAACGCUGACGGUUUCAAGCUAGUUGGUGAUGUCAACUUCCCUGAGGCGUGUAGAGUGGCGGGGGUUGUUACACCUGUGCCUGGUGGCGUAGGCCCUAUGACUAUCGCCAUGCUGCUGUACAACGUCGUUGAGUCUUUCAAGCGCAGAAUGGGCAGUGGGAACACGUCUGUACUAUGA